UUCCAUUUCACUUCAAAACUUAAUGGAAACAGAAGUGCUCUAUGAUCUUUCUCCAUUCGCGAGGAUUUUCAACGAUGGCCGAGUGGAGAGACUCUGGGGGACCGAAACCGUGCCUCCGUCGCUGGACGAAAAAACCGGCGUCCGAUCGAAAGACGUCGCCCUUUCAUCGGACUCCCCUGUCUCGGCAAGACUCUACAUCCCGGAAGCGGCGAUUGACUCUCCCCGAAAGCUGCCCGUGCUUGUGUACUAUCACGGAGGAUGCUUCAUAUUCGAAACUGCGUGGUCCCCGACUUACCACAACUAUCUCAAUGCCCUAGUCACGGAGGCCAACGUCAUUGCCGUCUCCGUCGAGUAUAGGAGGGCGCCGGAGGAUCCUCUUCCGGCAGCUUAUGACGAUUCGUGGACUGCCCUCAAGUGGGUGGCUUCUCAUUCCACCGGAAACGGCCCCGAGGAGUGGCUGAAUUCUCAUGCUUGUCUCGAGAAGGUGUUUCUGGCCGGAGAUAGCGCCGGUGCUAACAUAGCUCACCGGAUGGGCAUUCGAUUGGGAGAGGAAAAGCUAAAUGGAAUUGAAUUUCCAGGCGUUAUUAUGGUGCAUCCUUAUUUUUGGGGCAACGAACCCUUGCCUUCGGAGACCACCAAAACCGAAAGGAGGUCCGCGGCCGAGGACCACCGGGUGCGAUGA